UUCCCUUCUAGACACUACCGUGCUCUGCCACCAGAAGUGUGUGAAGGAACAAACUGAGCAGUAAACAACAGAUCGACUAUCAGUGGAUCAACUAUAACCGCUAAACUGACGGAUUAACGCCGUUGAAGGAUAUUAUUUAAUCAAGAGUAACAGUCAAGGAUGGACUGCUGAUACUUUCUACUCUGUAUAUAUACUGAAACAAUCAGCUUUACAAUGUCAGCUGACGGGGAGCUCAACACUGAAGGCGCUGACGACAACAAACUGGUCAGACCAAAGGUGGAGUUCCAAACUUUACUGCAAGAUGCCGGCGCCACUAAAGAUGUUUUCACCAUGAAGGAGGUGAUGUUCUACCUGGGUCAGUACAUCAUCCAGAAGCAGCUGUACGACCAGAAGCAGCAGCACAUCGUCCACUGCUCCCAGGAUGCACUGGGGCGGUUGCUGGGAGUCGACAGCUUCUCUGUAAAAGAGCCACGAGUUCUGUUUGCUAUGAUCACCAAGAACCUGGUGGCCGUGAAGAACCAAGAUUCACAGACAAGCUUGAGUGAACCACACAGCGACAGUCAGACAGAAAAAGGGACAGAGGAGGCAGAUUCAGAAAGCCGCUCUUCAUCGCCAGAGAGGAGGGGGAGGCGAAGGAGGAGGAGGAGAAGAAGCUGCAGGAGCAGUGACCCAGGGCCCUCCGACAGUUUAGAGGCCGAUGAAGAGGAGGAGGAGUCGGGGGAGGAAGAGGAAGGAGAAGGAGGUAGAAAGAGGAGGAGGUCCGACAGCUACUCCCUGACCUUUGAUGACAGCCUGUCGUGGUGUGUGAUUGGAGGACUGGCGACCGUACGGGACAGACCCAGCAGCCAAUCAUCCGACUCACACAGCACAUCCGGGAGGUCAGAGGUCACGGUUGCAGCCUCAGACUCAGACAGCGACAACUUCAGCGUUGAAUUUGAAGUUGAGUCCAUCGACUCUGACGACUACAAUGAAGAUGAUGCCGAUGCCACUUUGUCUGCAGAUGACCAGGUGUACGAGGUCACCAUAUUUGAGGCAGAGGACAACGACUCCUUUGAUGAAGACACCGAGAUCACUGAAGCCGACUACUGGCGGUGUUCGAAGUGUGACGAGCUGAACCCACCUCUCCCCAGAAACUGUCUUCGCUGCUGGACGCUGCGCCAGGAUUGGCUGUCGGAGGUGUCCCUCGAUAUAACGAAGCCCGCCUCCUCCAGUCCUAAAGCCCUGCCGCUGAAGCCAAGCGACCAAUCAGCAGCCAAAGAAUCUCCAGGUUCUGAUGUCGAAGAGAAUGAAGGAGUCGACGUCCCAGAUGGGAAAAGAGCGAAAACUCCUCUCCUGUCACAGAGCCUGUCGGACUCUGCUCUCUCUGGUCCGGACUCCCAGGACCUCCUCUCCUCCUCCCAGUCUUCCUCCUCCCAGCAGAAGCUCUGGACUGCCGACUCCCAGCCCUCCUCCUCCUGCUACUCCUCCAUGGACUCCCAGGAGCUUCUCCCAUCUUCCCCUACAAGUCCUCCACCUCCACUCCCUCCUCCUCCCGUGGUCCCCGAGCUGGAGCGCAGCGUGUCAGCAGAGUGGCGGCUGCCGGACUCGUGUCUGGACCCGUGCCUCAUCUGUCAGUCCCGGCCGAAGAACGGCUGCAUCGUUCACGGACGAACGGGACACCUGAUGGCCUGCUACGUCUGCGCCAGGAAGCUGAAGAAGAGGAACAAGUUGUGUCCGGUGUGCAGGCUGCCGAUCCAGUCAGUCAUCCUCACCUACCUCAGCUGAGACACCCCGUCUGUCCUCACCUCCAUACAGAAUUACAUUGAAUUAUUACCUAAUUUAAAGUAAAUUUUUUAGUUUCACUCAUCUGCCUCUGUCCAUAGGCACAUGUCCGCACUUUCUCUUAGUCUCUGACUCUUUUCAGGAAGCUGGUAUCAGCUGGCGUCAUUCUACAUUUUCUUAUUGUCAAAAAUAAACCAUGAAAAGACCAAAACCAACAAUGUUUUAGUCCAAACUCACGAUACUUUCUGUCUCCUCUGAAGAUGGAAAUCUUUAAAAAUGCUUCCUCAAACAGCCGAGGACUGUAGUUUUAAAGUAAGGCUGACACAAUCUAUUAAUUUGCCUUUUUUCGCAAUUAAUUAUUUUGUCUUGUGAUCGUCAAAUGUCCAGUAUAUGAGAACCGAAUAUGAUGUAUUCAAAUAGCUUGUUUGGUGCGAAAAAUAUUUAUUUCACAGUGACAUAAAACAGGGAAAAGCAGCAAAACAUCAUAUUUGUUUGACUAAAUAUUAGGGCUGCCCAAGACACUACACGCCCACACGUUGUUGGUUUUGGUCUUUUUAUGGGACGUGUUGACAAAAAGAUGAUUCAUCCUUUAAAUGAUACUUAAACCUCAAUGACAAUUAAAUUUUUUUUCAUUCAUAAAAUAGAGACUCUUGGUCUGUUUUCACCUCUUCUUCUCAUCUACUUCAGGUAAACUUACUCAUAUUAAAAAAACAAAAAGGUCACUCCAAAACCUUCCUGUUUUACCCAAAAUUAGAUGAAAUUAUCAACAUCUGCUUCAUAUCUGUUUGAAAGUGAGCAAAUAUAACUUCCAAAAACUAAUUUUACACCAUCUUCUAUUUCUGAAUUUGGGUAAAAAAGCCAAAUCGGGAGUCCCCAAAAUGUUGGAUUGUCCUUUUAAGUCUUGUCUUAACAUCUAGUAACGCUGUUUUUUGUGAUUGGUAACGUUUUAUUUUAUGGGUCUAUAAUUAUAUAUAAACAUUUCCUGGAAAGAAUUCUCUAAUUUGAUAAAUUAAAGGGAAAAAUAGGAAUUUCCUCUAAAGAAAAGUUCUGUUUAAACCCAAAUAAAUAGUUGAGCUAUUAUUGCCAAUUCUACUAAAACACAAAAAACACUUAUUUAUAACCACACUCAUAUAAUAUACUUAUUAAACACUGUAGUCUAUUUUCCCUAUAAUGAAUAACAAAUUACAUAAUUCUUUCCAGGAGACUUUUUGUAAAUAGUUAUGAAAUUAUUCAGAUAUUGUGGACCCAUUAAAUAAAGCUUUACCUUUAAUUUUACAGGUCUGUCAUUUCCUAAUCCUGUCAUUGAAAUUUUCCUGAGGAAAAACAUGUAAUUUGGUUGUUAAAAAAAGAAGGAAUUUCCUGUAAAUUGUCGUUAAUUUAUUGGAAACUUUGUUUGCCGUAUACUUUAUUUUAUUUGUAUGCUUGCCUUGCUGUGUGCACUAACUAAAAGAAUCUCCAGGUUAAAGUUAUACAACAUAUAAUUACCAAAUUACAUCGUUCUUUCCAGGAAACUUCCAGGGAAAUUAUUAGGAAACUACAUCCCAUGAACUGAAGUGUUAUUAUUAGAAGAGACAUCUUCUUUAUUGUCCACUCGCGUGGAAAUCUUUUUUGGCUUCACAUAUUUACUUAUUUAUUAAAUGUUUAUUUAAGCAGAUAGAGACUUUUCUGAGCUCUUUGAAUAAUAAGAUGAAUAUAUGAGAUCUAUAAUAUUUUCUGUUUACGAUUUUCUGUGAACUGAAUAAACUUUAACGUCUGUUGACAUGA